AUGAAACACAAAUGGUUCCCCACUCUACCCGCGGGGAUUGUAUAUUUCUCCGUUUGGAACAAACACACAUUUAGGAUCGACUCAAUCGCUUUCGAAUUUGCUCCACGAUAUAGCAGCACUUUUCAUAUCUACACCAAUCACAAUUAUGCACAGCGUAAACUCGUUUUCGGUUUCUGCAGACAAAUCUUCCUCGCAGUACGCAUUCUGCCACGGCAUUUGGUCCAUCAGCAGAGCGACGAGUACAAUCGACUCCUCUCGCAAAAUGCUUUCCACAGACGUGUAUCCAUUGUUCGUUAG